AUGAUAAAAAUAAAUUUCAAAUUUUUAUGUUUUUCUUUUACAACUUUAAAAAGAGCGUACUACAAAAAGGCAAGUACAAGCACAAGCACAAGACGAGGGAAAGGCUAUCCUUUGAGUGCCUUUACCCUGAUAUGCUACUACUCCCUUUUCAUUUUUGCUAUCCUAUAUUUGCUUCAAAUUAAGAAAGUUCACGCAUAUGGAGUUGCAAAUACACUAAACUGGAAUGGUGGGCGUACAAAAUUUUCGAGAUCAAAACGGAAAAAUGAAAUAAAAAAUGUAUUUAGCAAAUGUGAAAAUAAUGUAAAAAAAGAAUGCUAUGCAAUAGGGAAAGAAAGAAAAUCCAAUGAAAUAGAGUCAAAAAGAGAUACAAAUAUAAAAAGUAAAUCUAUUAUGUACUUCAAAUCUUUGUGUAACAAUAAUGUAAUAAAUAAAAAUGUUGAUGAAAAUGUUAAUUUUAAUGAUGGAGUUGAAAAUUUUUUUGUUUUAAAUCCUAAUCCUAAUAUAUUAUUUUUAAUUAAUAAUAAUCCUCAACUACGAAAAAUACAUAGUGAAUAUAUAGAAGCAUCACAAGAAAUGGGAAAAUCCAAAAAAAAAAAAAAAAAUGUCAUAGAUGAAAAUAAGGAAGAUAUUGAAACAGAAAACAAAGAUAAAUCUAAUGGGGAAGGUAAAAAAAAGAUUCGUCUUAGAUUAAAAAGAGGAUAUUUAAAUGAUGUGUAUAAAAUUGAGAAGCAAAAAUUAAAUAAAAUUUUAUUAUCAUUCAAUGAUAAAAGUAUAUUUAACAAAAAACAAACAAAUGUAAAAGAAAAUAUAUUAUUAUUAAAUGGACAAACAGUUAAAACGGAAGUAGUUAAAGAAUACUUAUUUCAUAAAUUAAGAUUAGAAUAUUACGAAAAUAUAAGAGAUAAAAAAAAGAUAUUAACUUUAGACUUAUGGUCUAAAGAAAUUAAUAUUCCUAUUGAUAAAUUAAAAAAAUUAAUUAUUUAUAUUUAUAAAAUGAAAAGUUUAGUCCAAAAAGAAGAUGAAGAUCUAUUAAUAAAAACAUAUUUUUACAAUAAAAAAAAUAUGUUUUCACUUUUUAGAAAUACAUAUAAUAAUAAUGGUGAAGCAAAUAGCGAACCCUUUAAUUUUAAAAUCCCAGGUGAAGAUGAAAAUGUUGAACAAGUUGAACAGAAAGAAAUAAAUGUAGAAAAAAAAGACAAUGAAGAAAAUUAUGAUAUAUUUACAGAUUACUUUGAAAAUCAUGAUACUAUUUUAUAUAAAGAUUGUGAAAAAUUAAUAAAUGAACAAGUUCAAAAAUUUAUGGAAUAUAUUAAGGAUAUAGUAUUUUUUGAAAAUUCAAUUUAUAUAUUAGAAAAGCUUGAAAAUAGACCCCCAUUAUUAGAAGAAUUAAUUUAUGCAUAUGAUUAUGAAAAAGAUGAUUUUUUAAGAAAGUUGGAAAAUAAAAUUCGAUUAUCUCAAAAGUUGUUAAUAUAUUUUAUUCCUUUAAUAACUAAUAUCGUAAGAAAAUCAGAAAUGAAAUUAGGUAAUAGUAAUUUAAGUGAAGAUGAUUUUUUAUUAGUUAGUUUAGAUGCUGUAAAAAAUGGGUUCAAAAAAUAUGAUGUAGAAAAAUUAGGAUUAAAAAAUUUAACAAAAUAUGUAUAUAUGUGGGCAAAAAAUAGUACCUAUAAUUAUUAUCAAAAACAUAAAUCGUUUGUAUCUAUUUCUUCUCAUACAUAUAAUGAUUAUAAUAAAAUAAAUAAAUUUGAAGAAUCUUUUUUUGAAAAACAUGAUAGAAAACCAAAUAUAAAAGAAAUAAGUGAAGGAUUAAAUAUGAGUAUAGAACGAAUUGAAAAGGCUAUGUCAUCUAUGGUUAAUGUUAUAGAUGCAGAAAAACCAAUUACAUAUCAAAAUAGUGAUUCUGCACAUCCAGAAAAAAAUACUUACAAAGAUUUAAUUGUUAAUGCAGAUGAUAUUUACAGUUUUAAUGAAAUUAUGUAUAAUGAUAUUGUAAUAAAAGCUUUACGAAAAUUUAUCUCAAAAUCUUUAAAAAAAAAAAUAAGUAAAUUAAUAAUUUUUAUGAAAUUUGGUCUUUUUUUUAAAAAAAAAAAUUAUUCUGAUGAAGAAAUUUGUCAAAUUCUUAAAAUUAGUAAAAAAAAAUUUGAUAAAUAUUUUCAAGACUCAAUAAUACAAAUUAAAAAUUUUAUUAAAAAAAUUAAAUAUAAUAAAAAUAAUAAUGAUCCAAGUUCUGAUCUUACAACUUACUUGAACUUUUCACAAUUUGAUUUUAUGGGAAACGAAUUUUCACAAAUUGAAAUGUAA